AUGACUUAUUUAUUAUUAAAGAAAAUACUUAAUUCAGUUGUAUUAAGUAAUAAGAUAUUUAGAUAUGUUAAAGAUAUUCAUGAUCAACUAGUUUGGGGAAAUGGAUUAAGAUGUGAUUGGUAUGAUCUUGGUUGUUUCCCAGAUCUACUGAUCAGAUUUAACUAUAUCGAAAGAUACAAGCAGAUCUUUAAUAAAAUAGUUGAAAGAAAGAGAAAUAAUAAUAAUAGUAUAGCGGAUGAGAGUUUCCUAAGAAUAUAUUACGAAUCUUUUACCAACGCAUUGCUUUGUGGAGAUAUCGAUGUGAUUAUACUACUUUAUCACGAAUUUCACAAGCAAAUAAACUUUAAUCGAGUAUUAUUCAGAGAACAUUAUCAGAGUAAUCUUGCACUGAUUGAAUUCCUUCAUGAAAAUUGCGAUUAUUGGUUCAAAGCCGGUGGUAAAGGAACAAUGGAUGAUGCUGCAUUUGGAAGCCUAGAAGUUAUCCAGUUUCUUCAUUACAAUCGGACUGAAGGUUGUUCGAAACAAGCACUUGAUAAUGCUGCUUCAAGUGGAGACAUGGACCUAAUCAAGUUCUUACACUUCAAUAGAACAGAAGGAUGCACCACAAAGAUAUAUGAGAGAACGAUUAUGUUUGGUCAGCUGAACGUUGUUAAAUGGCUACUUGAAAAUAGAACAGAAGCGUUUACACAAUCGGCAAUUCACAGUGCUGUACAUCUAGGACAUUUAGAAAUAGUGAAAACUUUGAUAGACUCCAACAAACCAUUUCUAUGUAAAAAGAAUUGUAAGCUAUGCAACAACACAACAACAACAAAAACAACAACAAAAACAACACUCAAAUAUCACAUUACUGAAGAUUCAACUUUAUCAUCGAAACUCUUUGAAAUAGCAAUAUCAUAUGGACAUUUAGCUAUUGUUCGAUAUUUUAAUGAAAAUUUUCAUAAUGUCAAAUGUUCAACUCAUUCGUUGAACUCAGCGGCAUCACGAGGCUAUUUAGAAACGAUCAAAUACAUCUAUGAGAAUAGAAUUGAACGAUGUUCAGAACAAGCGAUAGAAGAUUCUAUUAGAAAUGGUCAUUUAGAAACAUUGGUGUUUCUCAAUCAAACAAUCGACGCUAACUUGCAAGAUUAUAUGCAUCUAACUGUAUCAUACACACAAUUCGAUAUACUUAAAUAUAUUCAUCAGCAAAGUAAGAUUAAGAAUCCCGGUUUUAAAUUUCAGCCAUUCCUGAUGGAUCCUUUUGUUACCUGCAAAGAUUCGACGAAACUAGAUUGGCUAAAGGAGAAUACAACGUUUGGUUUCUCGGUGGAUGCAUAUAAUCUUGCGAUUUACUAUGGCAAUGUAUCGACACUGCGAUGGCUACACGAGAACACCGCCUUUGCUAUUCCGGACGAUGCUUUCGAGACUGCCUGCUGCCAAGAGAACGCCAUCGAGAAAGUCCGCUAUCUUCAUGAACAAGGUGCAACCUGUACAACAGAGGCAAUGGAUCUUUCGAAAUCUAUUAAAGUAACAUCGUUUUUACAUUACAACAGAACUGAAGGAUGUACCUCCCAAGCAAUGAGUAACGCGAUCACCAGUGAGAAAAUAGAAAUAAUUAAAUUCCUAGAUCAAAACAGAACUGAACAUCUUAAUUCAAAACCGCAAUUAACUGACCAGUACUUUGUACUUGGUCAAAGAUAUAAUAUUGCAUUAAACUUUCUUGAAAGACUUAAAUUAAUAAAAGAAUAUAAAAUUUAA